CCAUCACUAGGUUAGAUCGUCGUCGUCGGUUGGGUUUGCAUUGCAGCGAUUACUGCAGAUACUAUAUACUAUAAUACCUGUUGCUAAAUAUUUUUGCAUUGUUUGCAAAACUUAGUUAGAAUUUGCUGUUUGAUAGUGAUUAUCGUUUAAGAAUAAUCAGAUAACCACGUAAGCCAAGAUGCGUUUAAGCCCUCAGGAUCCCAGCUCGUAUUCGAAUUCACAUGAACUCAUUGUUUAUCAUGUGGACCUUGACUGGGCGGUCAAUUUUGAAAAAUCAACUCUGUCGGGAAGCGCAACACUGCAUUUCAGGACCGUGAGAAAUAAUGUAGAAGAAAUUUUUUUAGACACUAGCGAACUUAAAAUAACCUCAGUUGCUGCUUUAUCCUCCGCUGGAGAGAUUCAACUGAACUGGGAUGUUGGAGCGCACAUAGAAAAUAUUGGUUCAAAACUUACCAUUUAUCUACCCACGAAGACAACCGGUGAGCUAACAAUAUCAGUUAAGUAUGAAACUGAUCCGAAGGCAUCCGCCCUACAGUGGCUUACAGCUCAACAAACCUGUGGCAAACAAUAUCCUUAUUUGUUCAGUCAGUGUCAAGCCAUCCAUGCUCGAUCCAUUGUGCCUUGUCAAGAUACACCGGCUGUGAAAUUUACAUACAAUGCAACGCUUCGUCAUCCGUCUUACGUAACUGGUCUGAUGAGUGCUGUUAGGAAAUCAUCUGAACCUGGAUUGUCGAAAUUUGAGCAAAAAAUUGCCAUUCCAAGCUAUCUCUUAGCCAUUGUGGUUGGGGCAUUAGUGGAAAAGCCAAUCGGCCCUAUCUCCAGUGUGUGGGCGGAACAGGAACAAAUUGAUGAAUCAGCUGAGGAGUUCUCUCAGACUGCUGAUUUUAUCGCUAAAGCGGAGGAAAUAUGCGGUCCUUACGUGUGGGGUCGAUACGAUUUGUUGGUGAUGCCGCCAAGCUUUCCAUUCGGUGGAAUGGAGAAUCCUUGUCUGACGUUUGUGACGCCAACUUUGCUUGCCGGGGAUAAAUCUUUAGCCACGGUUGUGGCGCAUGAAAUAGCUCAUAGCUGGACGGGCAAUUUAGUUACCAACAGAAACUUUGAGCAUUUCUGGUUGAAUGAAGGUUUUACUGUGUUUGUUGAGGGGAAAAUAGUCGGACGGUUGUUCGGAGAUGCAGCGCGAGAUUUUCACGCGUUACAUGGGCUGAGUGAACUAACUGAUUGCAUAAAAACGCAACUUGCCGAUACACCGGAGUUAACCAAGCUGGUGGUCGAUUUAAGUGAAUGUAGUCCGGAUGACGCUUUUUCCACAGUACCUUACAUGAAAGGAUCGACUUUCCUACGCUAUCUGGAGGAUCUUUUUGGUGGACCAGAAAAGUUUGAGCCAUUUUUCCGUGCUUAUUUGGAAAAAUUUAAAUUCCAGUCUGUACUAACCGACGACUUCAAGAAAGCCUUAUAUGAAUGGUUCCGUGAGAAUCCUAAUAACGAUGUGCUUCUGGGACGGAUUGAUUGGGAUCGGUGGCUUUUCGGCGAAGGAAUGCCUCCGGUAAUUCCGAACUUCAAUCGCACCCUGCUAGUUUCUUGCCAAAAUCAUUGCCUUUUGUGGGCUGAACAAGAACUUGAUGUUAUCCGAGCAUCUACAUUACUAUCCGAGUCGCUGUCUACUGUACAAAUCAUAGAAUUUUUGGCUCAGUUAUUGGCCAAGAAAACUAUCAAGGACCUGAAUGCAGAGAAAAUCGACCUUUUAGAAAAAACCUACAGUAUUCAGGGAACAAAAAACGCAGAAAUACGAUUUCGGCUUGUUCGAUUAUAUAUUCGUGCGAAGAUGAUGGAAAAAAUGAAUGCUAUCUUAAGCUUCCUGAAUAGCAAUUUCCGCAUGAAGUUCGUUCGUCCAAUCUAUAAAGAACUUGCUGGGUGGCGGGAAGCCAAACCUAUUGCUGUUGAAAACUUCCAAAAGGUUAAGGAUCAGAUGAUGUCCGUUUGCGCUUACGGAGUAUCUAAGGAUUUGGAUAUUUAACCUUCGCGGGAAAUCAUAAAGAGAUUCAUGAGUUUUCAAAGCACUCAUCCGUUCACCGCAGGAAAACAUUACAAUUGCUUUGUUUUUGUUGCAUUUUUAUUACUAUUUCAUUAAAUAAAAAAGUACGUCAUA